ACGAAACGGCCACAGUGGCGAUUGUGGAAAAUUGAUUUUUUCUCGUAAAAACAAACCGCGUUUGGGAGGACACUGUGGCGUUUCGUGUUGUCGUGCAAAACGUUCAUGAAAAGCGCCUUCCCUGUCAUGAUCGCCAACGAAAUAGGUGCAAUCGUUUGCGUUCGGUGAAGACGGUGAAAAGUGUUUGUUGCGGUGAAAGUAUUCGGCAGAUACUCCGUUGGGAACACAUUUCUAAAACUUUCCUCACCCACCCCAACCCCCACAUCCAACCACGUUUUGGCAAGAGAUUUUUGUGUUGAAACAGGUUUUUUUGUGUGGCAGGGGAGGAGGCAGGAGGGUUUUGUGGAGCAUCUCUGUCGAACGUGGACGGUUUUUGGAGGUCGAAUUUCCCUAGUGUUUAGCCGUGGUGUGUAGCCUAGCACAAUGGCCAGUCCACGUACACGUCGCGUUCUGAGCGAACUGAAACCAUCGGAUGGGAACAAUAAAUGUUUCGAGUGUGGAACCCACAAUCCCCAGUGGGUUUCGGUAACGUACGGCAUCUGGAUAUGCCUCGAGUGUUCCGGCAAGCACCGUGGCCUCGGGGUGCACCUUUCCUUCGUGCGCUCUGUCUCGAUGGACAAGUGGAAGGACAUCGAGCUGGAGAAGAUGAAGGUCGGUGGUAAUCGGAAGGCACGAGACUUUUUCGACACGCAGGACGACUGGGAUGAUACGGCACCGAUCCAGCGAAAGUACAACACUCGGGCGGCCGCCCUCUAUCGGGAUAAAAUUAACGCGCUUGCCCAGGGCCAGUCGUGGGAUGCGUCCAGCGCGGCGGCACGGGUAAAGGCUGCCGGGCACUCGGGUGGUGGCGGUAGCAGCAGUGGCCACAGUUCGGCCAGCAGUGGCAGCUCACAUUCCAGGGGCGGUGGAUCGACGGGAGGCUAUCAGAAUGGCGGCGAUUCGUACUAUCAGGAUGGUGGCAGCUACCAGCAGUAUCAGACGCCGGAAUUCAAGGCUCAGAAGGAAGACUUCUUUAGUCGCAAGCAGGAGGAAAACGCUUCCAGACCAGAAAAUUUGCCACCCAACCAAGGAGGAAAGUAUGCCGGGUUCGGCUACACGAUGGAUCCGCCACCGCGCAGUCAAUCGCACGAGCUUUUCGAUACCGUUCAAUCAUCACUGGCUACUGGCUGGAAUGUGUUCUCGAAGGUGGCCAACGUGGCCAAGGAAAACGCUCUCAAGUACGGAAGCAUGGCCUCGCAAAAGGUAGUUGAAGUUUCUAGCAACGUUUCAGAGAAGGUUAAGGAAGGUACGCUACUGGAAGGAGUCGGGUCUCAAGUGUCCAGUUUGGCGACAAAGGUAACCGAAGUAAGUCGCAAAGGAUGGGGUGGAAUCGGAGCCCCAGGCGGAAGUUACAGCACCCCGUCCGGAAGCAACGAUCAGUACAGCAACAUUUCCUCGGACAGCGGCGUCAACAGCCCGAUCAAUGGACGCCAGCAGCAGCACCGCGGUUCUUCCGGAUCGAACCGCAACGGCGGCGGCGAUUCUUGGUCCAACGGUAGCGGUGGUGGUGGAGCCGGUGGCUGGCAGAAUGAUAGCAAUUCCAACAGCUUGCCACAAUCGUACCAGAAUGCCGACAAUGGCGACGAUGAUGGCUGGACCGGAUUCGAGUCGUACUCGGGACCAACGCAGGGGUCCUCCACAAAGCCGACUUACGGCGCUUCCUCCGCCGAUCCGGCCAGUGUUGACCUGCGCAAUGAUAACUUCGAGCGGCAGUCAAAGUCCGGUGGAUCGCGCCGAACCAGUAACAACGGUGCUAACGGCAGCAGGCAGUCGAUGAAAUCCCAGUCCAGCGUGGAGCAGGACUUUGCCGGCCUUGAUAUUAAAAACAACCGAGCACCGAAGAGUGGCGGCAAGAAGGCGAACAAUAACGCCGAGGAUGACCUCUGGAACAUGUUGAACAACUAAACCAGGGGGGGUAGAGAGAGCUGUGCUCCUAUUUCCUUUCCCCCCGGGAUGGUGUGUGAAUUUUAUCGAAUCGAACUACGAGACUUACCCAUUGCCAGAUGAAUGACUUACGUCCCGAGCCCCUUCCGCCCUCCGUUUCCCUGAAUCCUUAAACUUUCGUGGAUUCCGAUAUGUACCCGCAGAAUGUGUUAUCCGAUGUAUUAUAAGGUUGAAGCGUGCGAUCAUGCGUCGGUCGUUUCCUUGCAGAACAUCACUCCGAAUUCAGAUCUGGUGGACGUUAAGCGUGUGUAGUGCAAGGAUAUAAACAAAGCAGGCUUCUUAUCGGAGGAAGAAAAAAAAGAAAGAGAUAAUAGACAGAAAGAGAAAGAUAGAGAGAGAGAGAGAGAUAGAGAGAAAGAAUUAGGCUGGCAAAAAAGAAAAAAAUGGUAUAUAUAUACACAUAUUCUAUAUUCUAGUUGAAAGUGAAAGCGGCAACGAAAGUGGACCGUCCUCAGGACGGCCACCUUAGUGCAAAUCAAUCCCCGAUUGUCUCCCCGCCCCGAACCUCCCCACGUAUCCAUAUUUUAGCAAAAUGACUAUGUUUAUGAAGAUGAGGAAAAAAAAACAGAUCGUGCGCCACGCCGAUGAUGAUAAUAAAAUUGGUCGUACUUGUAUAAUCCCCAAACGGGCU